AUGGCAAGCUUUGGGUUGCAGACGCUGAUAUGCAUUUUCGUCACUAGUUACACUUCUGCAUCGCGAUGUGAAAGGUUUUACAAAGGCUGUUGUCCAGGUUCGUCAUGGAACUCAUCAACUGAACAGUGUGAGAGAUGUAUGCCAGGUUACAGUGGAUUGAACUGCUCCAGUCCGUGUCCUUAUCCAUUAUACGGAGUAGAAUGUCAAAAGAGUUGUAACUGUAACCGAGAUUUGUGUGAUGUGUCGACAGGAUGCAUUAAUAAUAACAAAGCCCAGAAAAGAUGCAUAACUGGGUACUUUGGAAGGGACUGUAGAGCAAGGUGUAUUUAUCCUUAUUACGGAGAAGAGUGUGAGGCACAAUGUAACUGUAGCGAGUCAAUGUGCGAUGUGACUACUGGGUGUAAAGCUGUAGAUGAAGGUAUGAUUCAAAUGACUACCAAAAAAUAUAAGGUUUUUUUCCCAAACCUAUUGCUAUGA